CGCUACAAGUCGAAGGAAGAGAUGCAGGAUCCUGCAAACCGGACAAACAUGGUGCGCUACAACACCAGUGACAAUCGCCGUCGAACCCCGGAUGCCGAGAUCAAUCUGUUCGACGAGGUGGCGCAGCGGAUGAUCAGCGAUGUUGAGCUUCUUUGCUUCGACGAGGUGGCCGUCUCUGAUGUGGCACACGCCAUGAUUCUCAAGCGUCUCUUCCAUUCAUUCUACAAGAUCGGACUUGUUGUCAUCUUCACUUCAAACCGCCCCCUUGAGGACUUGUACAAGGAUGGCCUGAACCGUGGUGGGUUCAUUCCUUUCAUCGAUCUGGUGAAGAAGCAGUGCAUCAUUCAUCACAUGAAGAGCAACGUCGACCAUCGGUUACUCGGCCACCAGGCGGACACCUACCUCACUCCAAUGAACAGUGAGAACACCUCCAAGUUCGAAAAGCUGUUUCUUGAGAUGUGCAAGGCGAUGCCUGCGACGGAGCGGAAGCUUGAGGUGUUUGGGCGCGACGUCAUUGUGCCGCGGGCAUGUGGAGGUGUGUGCUACUUCCACUUCUUUGAGCUCUGCGGCGGUGAAAAGUCUACGGCAGACUACGAGGUAAUUGCCAGGACGUUUCACACAAUCUUCAUCAAUGGUGUGCCCCAGUUUCCGUACGAGAACAGCGAUGUGAAGAGCCGGUUUCUACUGCUCAUCGAUACGCUGUACGGGCAUAGGUGCAAGGUAAUGAUUCACGCUGCGGUUGAACCGCCGCAGCUGCAAGCUCCGAAAGGAGAGGGCGCGGGCAGAAUAGAAGGCGGUGCUCAACGGUUCGAUCAGCUUUCCGAGUUCGAGCGCGAAAGUGGUAAUAAGUUAGUGGAUGCGGAUGAUAGCGCGUUCCAAAUGGACCGGUGUGUGUCGCGUCUGUUCGAGAUGCGCACAAAGGAGUACCUUGAGAUCCCUCAUGAGCCACAGGAUGUGGAUUUAUCCACGCGAUGA